AUUUCAAAUAUUGGGAAGCUGAAAGACUUUCUUCUGCAACACAGGAAAGAUUACAUUAAUGCUUACAGCCAUAUUAUGUCUGAAUAUGUGAGGAUGACGGAUGCAGAGCGUGAUCAGAUUGAUCAAGAUGCUCAGAUAUUUAUGAGGACGUGUGCGGAUGCCAUUCAUCAGCUGAGAACAGAAGCACACAAGGGUGUCCAGUCUGCGCAGGUGAAGGAGCACAGAACAGCUGUCUUGGACUUUGUUGAGGAUUAUUUAAAAAGAGUGUGCAAGCUGUACUCCGAACAAAGAGCCAUCCGAGUCAAGCGAGUAAUAGACAAGAAGAGACUGUCCAGACUUGAACCAGAGCAAAGCAACAAGUCCAGCUCCCCUCUUUCCCCCGAGAAGCUUUCACAGAAUUCAUCAUCUUUAGAUGAUCCUGAGGAAAAGCUGUCUGCUGAGGAAACCAAAGACAGGAAUUUGCCUGAUGCCCAUAGUAACCUUGGAUUAUGGGGCGAUGGCAAAGGUGAAGAUGAGCUUUCACCUGAAGAGAUACAAAUGUUUGAACAGGAGAACCAGAGACUCGUUGGCGAAAUGAAUAACCUCUUUGAUGAAGUCAGACAAAUUGAAGGAAAAGUGGUAGAAAUCUCCAGAUUACAAGAGAUAUUCACUGAAAAAGUCUUGCAACAGGAAACUGAGAUUGACAAUAUCCAUCAGUUAGUAGUGGGUGCAACCGAGAAUAUCAAAGAAGGCAACGAAGACAUACGAGAGGCAAUCAAAAACAAUGCUGGCUUUAGAGUAUGGAUCCUCUUCUUUCUUGUGAUGUGUUCCUUUUCCCUGCUUUUCCUGGACUGGUACGAUAACUAAUUAAAAACAUUAUCUGCAAGCUUUGU